AUGAAUAAACUAAUUGUUUGUGUAUUUUUAGUGGCAAUAUUAAUAAAAGUGACAUUACAAAGUUUACAAGAGGACAUAGCAAUUCAAAUAGAUAAUAAAAAUGACAGUAAAAAAACUUUAUCAAGGAGAAAACGCUAUCUUGUUUUUCCAGAGGGAAGUUCUUUGCAACUAGUAUAUUGUUUGACUAUACCAUCGUUAGGAGUGGGUCAAAUAUUUACUUUGGGAGCUACGGCUGCUCUUGCAUGGGAACUUCCCCACGAUCCGGUUGCUCCAUACAGAAAACCAGCUGAAGUUUUACAUCGAAUAGACGAAGGAGAACAAACUUCUUCCGGUGGAUGGACUGUAAAAAAUGACAAGUAUCCGGCACCUGUCAAAAAUCUGAAGAGCUUUUAUAAUCCUUUCAUGCUUAAUAAAAUAGGGAACUCAGGUUAUAAUACCAUUAAUUCUCUAUUAAGUCCGUCAGUCUAUAGCACAUUAAAUGGCAACUACAACACAUUUUUGAAGAAACCUAUUAGUGAUGGUUAUAGAAGUAACCAACCGAUAAAUGAUUAUAGUAACUACGAACCUGUAACAGCUUAUGUGGAUCCUGUAUAUCACAGAAUUUAUAAGAGGACUCGGAGGGACUUGUAUACGAAAGUAGAAAAUUUCUUUACUGCGUUGAGUAAAGACGGGAAGGCGUGUUUACUGAAAGCCGUAUGUGAAGUGAGCAGAGCAUCGAAGGAAAAAGGCACUUUCAUGGAGGAGAUAAUCAAAGUUAUCUUUAGAACAAAACCAGAUAUAACACAUCAAGAUGAAGACAAGUAUGAUUUUGCAGCUAGACAUAAAAAUUGCACAGAAGCUUAUCCUACAUGUAAUCAUUCUGUAUGGGGCAACAUAUUUUAA